AUGUCAGCAUUACCAUCAGGACGAGAUGAUCCCAAUGAUUCCAAAGACGUUGAUCAUCGGAAGGAUAAGCAGAAAAGCGAUAGGACCAGCAAACUCUACGUCCAGCCUUCCUUUGGACCGUUGAUGGGCGGUACGAGAGUGGCUGUGACUUUGAGCGGAGUUCCUGCAGGCUUCGGGCAAGAUUAUUACACUUUGAAGAUUAACAACAUACUAGUGCCAUGCUUACAGAAAGAAAAUGCAAGUAUCUGUACGAUCCCACCAUCGAAAAGUGCUGGGCUCGCACACUGUGAGAUGCACCCUUCUUCGAGCAAGAGCCCCCUUAUGGAUUUCGAAGGAGACUUUAUGUUUCUCAAAGCCGAACAAAUCGAGAAGAUUUCACUUCGGACCCUGCAGGAUCAGAUACGAUCCGUAGAAAUCCAAGGACACAACUUCUGGAACAGUCGACACUUGAUGUGCAAAUUCGGCUUUCGGCAUUCCGUCUCUGCAGUCUGGGUGUCUAGUACCCUCGUCACGUGCCCAGUACCUCAUAUCGAUGCGCCUCCACAGGGCCUUAACCUGACAGUACAGAUCAGCAACAACGGGAUAGACUUCUCAACCCCCUCCGAGGCAGCACGCUUCAUGUACACCUCCUUGCGCCCAAUAGCCAAGCUACAGCCGACCACAGGGCUGACCAGCGAGACUACGCGGGUACUGAUCACGGGUCAAGCAGGCUUCGGCGGAAGGAUUGCACAAGAGAGCGGAGGGCAGGUGCUGUGUCAGUUCGGUAGCAGCAAGGCCUUGGGAGGUCGGGUCUUGGACGCAGGUAUCGAGUGCGAUGCUGAGUCAGGCAUAGAAGGCAAGGUGAGUGUGCGGGUCUCAACAGAUGGGGGGAGGUCGUGGGAGGACUGGGGGCUGCGAUUCGAGUUUGUGAAAGGGAUCGACAUAGCCCGAGUAGAUCCCUCGACAGGGCCUGUGGCAGGGGGAACACGGGUGACGAUAGUCAUGGGUCAGCGGUAUGAUAGCGAGUCGAGCGGGCUGUCAUGCAUGUUCGGGCAGACUCCGAGCGCAGGCGUUGCGGAGGUGCUAUCCAGCGGAGAGCUGGUCUGCGUUGCACCUGCGGCCAAGACUGAGGCAAUCGUGAAAGUGUACGUGCUGUCGGACGGUCAAAUCAGGAGCACGGGGUCUGCCUUCCGAUACCGGCACUGGCCCAAGGUCAUGGGCCUCGGGCCCCGAUCGGGACCAGCGUCAAGGGGACAAACGAUCACACUCCAGGCAGCGGGCGGGUCGUGGGGACUAGAAGACCCCGCGUGGUGCCGAGUGAGCGGGGGGCAAGCUUUAUCGGCAGCUUUCAUGACUGAGAGCUUGAUGACGUGCCGGCUACCUCCUCAUGGUCGCGGGAACGCAACGAUAGAAGCAAGCUUCAACGGAAGGGACUGGGUAGAGGUAGCGGGGAGGUUCGAGUAUAGAGAGCGAUGCCUCAUCACGGGGGUGGAGCCUUCGCUCGGACUGAUGGGAGGGAUCACGAGUGUCACGUUGACAGGAGUCGGGUUGAAGGGCCUAGGCAAGAGCCGGUGCCGCAUCGGGAGCAGCUGGGGGUCAAGGCUACUGGAGGUUUCAGACGCGCUUGUGAUUUGCGGAGCACCAGAGGGCGGGUGGGGCUCUGUGAUGCCUCCGGGAGAUGUCGGAGAGGCAGAUGGCGGGCGUGUGAAAGGCCUCACGGUAGGUUUGAUGCUGGAAGGAGCUAGUCAGGAGGCGUGCGAAAUGAAGGAGGCAUACUUUCUGUACUCACCGCUGCGAAUAGACAGCGUUUCGCCUUCCAGCUUGGUACAAGGUCGUCAGACGGUAGUGACGGUGGUCGGACAGACUUUCGAUGAGGCCAGGAGGGUAGGAUGCAAGUACUCGGAAGCUGCUGGAGCGUCCUUGCAGAGCGGCGCAUCCUGGGAUACACAGGAAGGGACGGUGAUCACGUCGUCCAUGGCACUAUGCAAGAGUCCCCAGAUGUCCGGGAAGAGCGAAGACUUGUCACUCCAGGUCAGCUACGAUGGUGGACAGCUCUCGUCGAGCCGACUGUCGAUACGUUAUAUCCCAGAGCCGACGAUUACAAGGCUAGAGCCAAGCGCUGGGUCAAGCGCAGGCGGCCAGGUGAUCACGGUGAUUGGGAGCAACAUGAGAGCAUCCAGGUCGGGCACCUACUGCCUUUUCGGGAACCGAGGUCAGAUGCCAGCCUUGCAUGUCACGACCAGCGCUGUAAAAUGUCUUUCUCCGUUUAAUAGCAAGGGUGCCAAUGUUUCUUUUUCCCUUCAAGUUGGGGAACACAUCUUCUCUACACUGCUGAGGUUUUACAGUGAUUUGGAGUUUGGCUUUGCUCUUGGUCCAAGUAUGGGACCGGUACGAGGUAAUACACAAAUACGGUUUUUGACAUCGUUCAAUGGGCCUCUGUACUUGGAGGAUGAGCGAAUGAAUUGUUCAAGAACGGACUCUUUUCUUUUUUGCUUGGUCUUACCUUUGAAAUCUUUUGGAAAUAGAAUCCAACCUUUGGAUGUGAGCAUUCGAUCCGAUCAAGACACAAACCAUAUUGUUUCAAGAUAUACAUAUUAUCAAGAAGAAGUGGUAAGCAAAAUAGAAUUGCUUUCGGUAAAUCAAUUCGCCAACACGUGCGAAUUCAUUGUAUAUGGUGAAAAUUUCGUCCCAAGCUCCAAAAUGAUGUGCAAAACUUGGAUUGACGGAGAUUAUCAUUCCAUAUCGAAAGCAACAGCUUACACCAACACUGAAGUAGCUUGUACUCUUACAAACGUAAAUCUUUCAUCUCGCAUAUCAAUUCAAAUCAGCAACAACGGGGUCGACUUCUCCUCCGCGAGCGCGACCUACACGUACGAGCGAGCCCCUACCGUCACAUCGCUGAGCCUCCUUGCCCUUGACGGGAGCUCUGGUCAGGUCGAGCAGGACCACGGACGCACGGUGCGGGUGAUCGGGAAGCACUUUGUCGCAAGCCCGCAGCUGAGGUGCAGCCUGCCGGGGGUCGCCAGAUACAUCACGUCGUCUAUGGUCGAUUGUGUAUCAGGAGGGGGCCGUGUCGGGGGGAACCUGACGGUCGAGGUAAGCAACAACGGUCAGGACUGGAGCAGCGGAGGCUUGGGGCUGCUCGCUUGGGAGGAUACGCCCCGCUUCUCCGAGGAGGUCCAGCUUGAGCCGACCAUGGGUCCCAGCAGAGGCGGAACACAGGUCACCGUCCGUCUGCUUGGUGCGGAGGGGCUCCAGGGCGUAUCUUUAUCCCUGCAGGUGGGACUAGAGGGCAGUGCAGAAUGCCGCUACCAGAGCGGUACAGAGUACCGGUGUCAGAUGCCCGAGGUACGCUCGACGACGAACCGUGUGCUGUCCCGAUACACGGGCCAGCGGAAGGGUCAACCCAAGUCGCCGUCACAGGGUCCGGCUUCCUCGAGGUAG